AUGUUCGAACGACUCACCGACACCUUUGUCAAGGCCAUUGCAGCUCAAGGGACGUCCAGGCCAGCCGAUCGACCAUCCCGACAACCAGGACAAGGCGGCAACAACUGCAUGUUCUGCGGCAGUCCCGAACACUUCAUGCGCGCCUGUCCCGAGGUCACUGAAUACAUUCGGAUCGGCAAAUGCAAGCGGAACAUCGAGGGGAAGGUUGUAUUGUCAAGUGGGGCAUUCGAAUCCAGGACAGUUGGCGACUGGACAGAUGAUGUUCACGGUAAACGCGGCGCCGACUCACCCGAUGACGAUAGCCUCCCGUCACGAUUCACCCUCGCUGCUGGAUUACCAGCUAAGGACGAUGCUCCGAUCCACCCAUAUGCCAAAGCCCAGGACGCCACCUAUGCACCACCGCACGAACGCAACAUAGGGGCCCCAGCGAAGAUACCAUCGGCAAAGAAGGACGCUCCGGCCUACAAAACCACGGCGCCGAUCUAUGACGAAAAGGUAGCAGCCGAGGUCUACAACAGGGCGAUGGCCACUCAGGUGACGCUUACCCAGCGCGAACUACUCUCCCUCUCCACCAAAGUCCGUUCACAGGUCAGGGAAGCCACGUCGGCACGCCGAUCGCCUGCCAGAGACGCCAGCAAUGUUCGGACCUUCUACCAAGAUGCCGAUCUACCCUACGCCAUCGACGAUCUCGAACCACCGACUCGACCGACAGUCUCCUCCUUCGUCAAUGUCCUGCACCAACCGGAAACACCCCCGCCGGGCGCGACCAUCAUCCCCGACAUGUACGAAACGUCCAUCGUUCCCCUCGUCGAUCAUCAGCAGGAAGUCGAAUGCAUCAUCGACCUGGGUUCACAAGUCAUCGCUAUGUCGGAAGGCAUUUGCAACGAACUGUCGCUUAUCUACGACCCCGAAAUUGUCCUCAAUAUGCAGUCGGCGAAUGGCGAAAUCGACCGAUCCUUGGGCCUGGCACGCAACGUUCCAUUCCUCAUCGGCGACAUCACCCUGUACCUCCAAGUCCACAUCAUUCGGAACCCAGCCUAUGACGUUCUCCUCGGUCGGCCCUUCGACAUCCUCACCGAAAGUAUCGUCAAAAAUUAUUCGAAUGAAGACCAGACGAUCACCAUCAGCGACCCAAACACAGGACGAUGA